AUGGCCGUCCCAAUCCUCCCAAUCGUGGUAGUGGCUUUGCUGGCCGUGCUAUCCACUUACAAGUUCAUCAUCCGUCCACUCUUCUUCCAUCCUCUCCGAAACAUCCCAUCCGCACACUGGUCAAUCCCAAUUUUUGGUGACAUAUGGAUCACCUACCAACGAUACCUUGAGAAGAACAAUGCCGUGACCUAUGCCGCCCAUCUCAAGCACGGCAGCGUUGUCCGCAUGGGAUCCAACGAGCUAAGCGUCAACUGUGUGGAAAACGGGAUCAGGACCAUCUACGCUGGUGGUUGGGAGAAGCAUGCAUGGUACCCGCAAAGAUUCGGUUCGUACGGAGUGAUGAACAUGUUCUCCACGAUCCACCACGCGCCUCAUUCUCAGAAGAAACGCACGAUGGCCAACAUUUACUCCAAGUCUUACCUAGCCUCGUCCCCUCAAGUCGCCGCCAACUCACACACGUUAUUCACGACACGGUUCCUGCCUCUCCUUCAAUCUCUUUCCGACACAGCCCAGGCCACAGACGUGCAUAACCUCAACAACGCCUUCACCAUGGACUUCAUGUCCGCCUACCAAUUCGGACUUGGCGCGGGCACAAAUUUCACUCAAGACCUAGCGACGAGGCAGAAGAUUCUGCACAAUUAUCACUGUCGACGCGAAUACGAAUUCUUCUCCGCCGAGAUCCCCUGGCUGAAGAGCAUCACGCAGAAACUGGGGUUCCCAAUCGUACCCCAAUUUGUGGACGAUGCCAAUGUCCUUCUUGAGAACUGGAAUGCCCGCAUGUGUCGAGCGGCGGAUAAUUAUCUCUCACGGCACGCAAAUGAUGUUUCAUCUUUGUACGUCGGCGACGAUCCGGUUGUAUAUAGACAAUUCAAAGCCGGGAUCACCAAAAUGCGAGAAAAGGACCCGUCGGCAGGGAAAGCUGUUCCCGGUCAAGUCAUCCUCCCGACGUACCGGCACAACGACCUUCAGCGGGACGAGGACGACACCACUACGGCCGAGAUAUAUAGUGAAAUGCUUGACCAGCUGGGUGCCGGUCACGAGACCUCCGCCAUUGCUUUGACCUACCUGUACUGGGAGCUGAGCAGGAACCCGCAAUGGCAGAAACAACUCCACGACGAAUUGUUGACGCUAUCUCCCACUAUCAAAUGGCCGUUGCCAGCAGGUUUCGACAUAAAAUAUUUCAAACUACCAGAACCGAAACAGAUCGACGCUUUGCCCUUAUUGAAUGCCGUCUUGAUGGAGAUUCUGCGCCUGCAUGCCCCGAUCCCGGGCAUCGAGCCACGUAUCUCUCCCCACGUUCCUGGUGGUAGCACACUGGGGUCGUAUUCUGGCAUCCCAGGUGGUGUCCGCGUCUCCUCCAUGCCAUACGGACUACAUCGCAACGAGGCUGUGUUCCCGGAGCCGGAGAUGUUCAAUCCUUUCCGAUGGCUGCCCUCACAUACCCCGGAAGAACACCUGAAGGAAAUGCACCGAUGGUUCUGGGCCUUUGGAUCUGGUGGAAGAAUGUGCAUCGGAUCUCACUUGGCCACCCAAGAGAUCAAGUUGAUUGUUGCUGCAAUCUAUUCGAAUUGGACCACGGAAAUUGUAGACGACGAAGGCAUCGAGGAGAUCGAUGCUUACACGACUAGGCCAGCCAGCAACCGGCUUAUCUUGAGGUUCAAGCAUGUCUGA